CAACCCUCCGAAGAGAGAGCGUACCGUAACAAACUAAACUUCUCGUGAAAAGUUGAGCUGCUUCUACUACGCCCUACUGCUAUUAUAGCAGGCUCUGUCUCUCGUCCGUUUGUCCGUUUGUCCGUCUGUCCGUGUGUUGUUCGCCUGGUUUCGCCUGAUCGCGCGUUUGCCCGUGCCCCGGUAUCGCGUACCUACAUACGUACCUACCACGCGGGGUAAAAGCCAGGAUUAAGUAAGGCUAAGGAAUAAAGACGCUACCUGCACCACCUAUAUACACUUGGUCCAAGACCGAAACGUUAUCUCUGAUAAUUGUCUGUGCUGGUUAUCCGACACGACGAGUGCUUCGUUUCCCUGUUUAUUUUUAUCUUUGUUACGUUUUCCUUUCGUCGGUUUGUUCUCUGUGACUUACUACGUGGGAUACCUUCUUACGCAAUUAUCACUCUCGAGUGGAUAACACCGGAUUUGUGAUACACUGUGCGCCAUUCGUCGUCGUAAGAAGUCAAACUGCAAGAUACUGGAUACUCAUGCGACAAACUAUUGCCAAUAAAACCCAAGCACAACGCUUCAGGAUUAUCCAGCUCUACACAUCCCUCUGAUUUCUACUGCACUGAAGCUGACUGAUCACGGAGAACGAGAAUAGUUCCAGGGCGGGACGUCGAGGUCACCGACGUCUCUGUGGCUGGGCUGACAACGGGGACCGGAAGUGGCGGUGGUGAUGUGGCCCAAUAGCCUCGGCGGGGGGGCAGGUUGCGCCGGAGGCGGGGGCGGCGCCGAUCUCGGCGGACUCGCCUCGUCCACCGCCUCGGCUACGGACUUGUUCGGGCCCGCGGGCUUCGGGGCCUCUGCCGCCGGGCCUUACGGGGCCCUGAAGACCAACCCUUACGUCAGCGCCCUGGGGAUGCCACCGAUCGAGGCCCUCCACACCAGUAUUGGCUACCCCGGUUGCACAACCGCCGGUGAGUCCUACUACUGUAACCCUCGAAAGCAGCGACGGGAACGAACGACGUUCACAAGGGCUCAGCUGGACGUGCUCGAAGGACUUUUUUCGAAAACUAGGUAUCCGGAUAUUUUCAUGCGCGAGGAAGUCGCCCUCAAGAUCAACCUACCAGAGUCACGAGUUCAGGUGUGGUUCAAGAAUCGUAGAGCAAAAUGCAGACAGCAGCAGAAGCAGCAACAGCAACAGCAGGAGAAAACACCGAGGUCGAAGAAACCCUCAUCUAAUGCAGGCAACAAUCCUCCCACCGGAAAAACACCCUCUAUUAGCGCCGCAACACCCGCCCCUGCUGCCGUUGUUCCAGCCACAACGCCACUAAGCGGAGGUACCAGUGGUUCGGCGGCUAGUUCACCAGCUCUUCUGAGGGACUCGCCACAAUACAAGCCUGCUGGAAGUGCAACGAGUCUACUGCUAGCGGCGAGUACGACUCCGCCAAGUUUGGGCGGCACGGUUUACAGCAGCGGCGGAAGCAGCAGCAGUAUUUGGAGUCCCGCCGUGACGGAAGGCGGGGGUGGCUUUCCCGGCGAUCACCAGAGACUGGCAUGGACCACGACGGCCAGUCAGCAACAGUGUUACCAGAACUACUCGUCCUACUACACGAACAUGGAUUACCUGUCACCGGCGCCACACCAGUUGAACGUGGUAGACGGAAGCGGCAGCGGGUUGGACACAACUUGGAGCAAAACGAGGGACGAAAGUGCCUCGUCGUGGUUUUAUAACAGCGCCGGUUGGGGUGAUCGGAAGUGAACUUCGGCCUAGCAUCCGACUCUAGGCACUGCGAGGAAGGCCUAGGCAGGCACCUACAUAUCACCGACAAUAUAGAAAAUCAUGCAAU